GGGAUAGGAGAAUUGAAAGGACGAGGAGAAUGCGGGGAAGGAGGCGACAUAAGGGUCGAGGACCUAACAGUAAAGUAUUGUCCAAAGGACGACACCAACACCGACAGCAUGACCUCCGGGAUGGAUUCGGAACUGACCAAAAGUCAGGUGACGAUUCCCAGCAGGACGAGUUUGAUCUCGAGCCAAGGGCCUGAGGAAAUGAAGGUCUACACGUCCUCGGAAACGAAUUCGAUUGCGGAGGACGUCGCGAGAAAUAGCGAGGUCGAGAUGCCGGAGAAAUGCAGUCUUCACGCGAGCUUCGAUGACGACGGUGGCCCGACGCCCACUCCGGAGCAGAUGGGCGUCACGGCCGGGGAUACAGACUUUUACAGUGAGUUGCUCGACACCAUCCUCAGCGUGGUCGACGCGCAGGAGUCUCCGGAUCACGGGGACGGCGACCAUGCGUUCCUGGACCACGACACUCCCGUCAUCUCGAGGGAAGUCACUCGCACGAUCAAAGUAAACCAGUUUAACGGCUCCAGUGAAAGCUUCAGGUUAAAGGUAGAAGUUAUAGAAACGAAGAAGAAGGAGCCCGAGGCCGCCAAAAUAACAAAAGACGCAAAGCCGGAACCUGAGCCAGAACCAGAAUCUGAUCCGACUCCAACUCCCACAGCUAAGAGGGAGACGGAGCGCCCCAGCGACUCGGAUUCGACGGCGAGCGUCGACUCUGAAUUGGCGGAGGUUCGACGUCGUAUCACGGAAAGGUUUCCGCCGGCGCCUCGAGACGCAUCCCAGGCUAGCCAGGAGUCCAUCCUAGCCUCUCCGAGCGCCAUAUGCCCCAUGCCCAACUGCGCCGCUUGCCGUGCCCAGAGCAUCAAUUUCUCUCAACCUCUCGUAUUUACCUUCGACGAUCCCGCUCCCGUGCCCACGCCCGAACCAGCGCGGGCGGCGAGCGUUCCGUACGUGGACCAGGCUUGCGAGGAGGCGCCUCAUGAGGUCUUCAGCAGGUCUGCCAGCCUCCCGCAUGACCCCGAGGGUUACCACGACGCCCAGGUCAUCCGCCGGCCCGACCGCCAGCACCACCACCACUAUCACCGUCACCGCCAGUACUGGGGAUCCGCCCUCAACGACAUAGUGGGCGGGUCCGUCCCCGAGCAUUCGCUCCUCGGGGCGCAUCCCCAGGGGGCGUCGCUCCAGGACGAGUCUCUCCUCAUAGGGGCGCUUCAGAGCAAGAUUCUCGAAGAAGCUCGGGACCAAGACGCAUUUCUUCAGGGGACUUGUCAGAUCACGCCGCGGCCGAAUGAAGGGCCUCAGGGGAAGCCUUCAGCGACCUCGGAUCGUAAGGCAUCCCCUCGGGAAAAGCUGAAUUCCAACCAGGGUGGAGCACCAGCAAACAAAUCACCGCCCCAGAACCCUUCCGUGAAGAAGGGUGCAUCAUGUACCCCCGUCCAGGACACCCUCGUGAAACCUCCCAUUCAGGAGCCGAUAUACGAGAACCAUCCCAUUCAGUGGCCGGUCGGAGAUGCCAGUCUAGAUAACUCGGCCCUCAAGGACGCGGCCAUUCACGAGGUCAAACUCCAGGAUACUUCGUUUCACGACAGCACGAGCCAAGAAACAACCCUUUUAGAUAUCACCCUUCAAGACAACACACUCCAGGACUCCACACUUCAGGACUCCACGCUGCAGGACACGACGCUCCAAGACAUCGCCCUGCAGGAGGCAGCCCAACAGCAGGCCGAUGUUCAGAGCAGGCAAGAGGCGCGCAGCCGGCCGGCCCCGGACACCCCCUGCCGACGGCCUGUCAAGGACGCGCCGCCGCAGGGGGACCCGAUGACGGACUCUGGGGUGGAGGGAUGCAGAGAUCACAGCGAGAGCUCGAGCAACCAGCUGGCCGAGGAGAUGUCACAGCUGCGCGUGGACAACGAGAAGCUGCUCACGAGGAACAGGUCGUUGCAGCGGGAGGUCGAGGAGCUACGAAGGGUCAAGACCAUCAUGGAGGAGGACGUGCAGCUCAAGCCCCAGAUCAACCAGAUGACCAUGGAACUCACACACGCCAAGGAAGCGCUCUCGGCCUUAAAAGCGGAUAGGAAGCGCUUAAAGGCCGAGAAAUUUGAUCUACUGAACCAGAUGAAGCAACUCUACGCGACUCUUGAAGACAAGGAGAAGGAACUGAGGGAUUUUAUCAGAAACUAUGAACAGCGCAUGAAGGAGAGCGACGAGUCCCUGCGGCAGCUGGCGGCGGAACGAGACGAGACGGAGCGGGAAAAGUGGAACAUCCUGAAGCACGCGCGGGACGAGUCGGAACGCGUCGUCAAGCUCUCGGCCGAACUCGGGGUCAAGGAAACCACCAUCAGGAAGCUGCAGGAGGAACUCGAUGCGGUCCGCAAACAGCUCAUCUCUAUGGGAUAUCACAGUGAUGCCGAGUCUGUCAGGACCAACGGGCUGCCCACGCCCACAGCCUCAACGCCCGCGUGUUCUCCCUUGCCCCUCUCCACGCCCACGCCCACACCCAACGGCCGGGGCUCAUCUGCUGAUUCAGGCGUGAGGCUGUCGAGCGAUAGGGAUUCAACAGCUAGUCAUGAAGGCACACCUACCAUUACUGUGGAACGAGGAUCUCUGGACUGUGACACGCUAUCCAUAUGCUCCUCCGCUACAGCCGCUUCCCACUACUACUAUGCAUGUGGACCAGGAACCCCUAAGGAAUCCCCGUCUCUAUCUCCUCUGUACGCCACGCCAGUAUCCCUGCGGGGGGAGGAGCGCGAGGACCGGGGCGGGGACAACACGCCCACCAGCGCUCCGACGCAUUCGGCCGCGAGUCUCAAUUCGUCGGCGAUGAGCGGACUCGCGAGCAGCAAUGCCAGCACCGGGGGGCUGAGUCGGUCAGCGGAGCAGCUGUGCGAGCGCUUAGCCGAAGCCGCGGAAUCAUCCAAGAUAAGAGGCUGUAGCACACUCACGAGGAAGGGCCACAAGGGAGGAGGUACUUGGGGCUCCAUCUCGAGAGUGUUCGCUCGCCAGAAGAAGCGGGCGGCCCUCGACGCCUCGUUGUAUGACGGAAGCGCGAGCGACAAGCGUGCCUCGUGGUCCCCCAGCUCCUCUCUGUGCGCGUCGCCCCUCACCGAGGAGAGUUACUCCGAGAAGCUCAGAUUACUCGAGGAGGCUCAGCACAUUCCUCUCGAGAGAUGGAAAGCCCCGACUGUCCUGGCCUGGCUGGAGGUAACCCUCGGCAUGCCUCAGUAUGGCGCCAUGUGUGCAGAGAAUAUUCGGAGCGGAAAGGUUCUCCUCGAGCUCAGCGACUCUGAGCUAGAGUCCGGCCUCGGGAUCUCGCACCCGAUGCACCGCAAGAAGCUCCGGCUAGCCAUCGAGGAGCUCCGAGAGCCGCGGCUGACUCGCUUCCCCCGAAUCUCCGCACUCAACCACACUUGGGUCUCCUCCGAGUGGCUUCCGGACCUUGGCCUUCCUCAGUAUGCCGACGCCUUCGCCAACAACCUCGUGGACGGGAGGCUUCUGGAGGCGCUCACGAAGAAGGAGCUGGAGAAGCACCUGGGCGUUCACCGGAAGUUCCACCAAGCAUCCAUCAUUCACGGUGUCCAUCUGUUGAGAAUCGUCAGAUUCGAUAGACAGGUGUUAGCGGAGCGCCGACGGCAGUCCGAGCACGUGGACUGUGACCCCGUCGUGUGGACCAACGUGCGGUGGGUCCGGUGGGCUCGCUCCGUCGACCUGGCGGAGUACGCAGAUAAUCUUAAGGACAGCGGUGUUCACGGCGCCCUCGUGGUUCUGGAGUCGUCCUUCACUGCAGACACGAUGGCCACGGCGCUGGGCAUCCCGCAGUCCAAGAAUAUCAUCCGCAGACACCUGGCAACUGAAAUGGAGGCGCUCAUUAACCCUGCCAGACAGCAGAUUGAAGAACAGGCCCGGUUCGCCAAGAUGGAGCGGCGCCGGCAGGAGAAAAUGGCGGCCGGGGGCAGCCUUGGACGGUCCUUCUCCAGAAGCUACGGCACGGGGCUGGAGAAGGGCGAGAAGGACAAGAGGCGCGCUUCCUUGAGAGGAUCUCUCAGCCGUGCUCUGGGCCUUCGUCUGCGAGAGGAAGCUGCCGCAGGAAACCAUAAUGGAGGAGAAUCUUCCUCUUCCGGUGGCCAGUCUCCCGCCGUCUCUGCAAGGACAAACACUCACCAUCCUCACCACACACGGCCGCGGUCCUCCGUCAUGCCUUCUGCUGCUUAUGUGCACCAUGAAACUCACCGUCGCGUUAAGAGUAUCGGAGACAUUGAGACUAUAACUGUGACACCUGUUUAGCAAUACUCUUGCCAGCGAUCACGUGACUGGUUCGCUGAAAGUGGUGGUGGUGGUGGUGGAGGUGGUGGCGGAGUUUGCACAUUUCUGUGUUCUCCAGUUUUUAAUGUGUUUAAUUAAGCACAGUAACCAACUUAUCAGGGUGAAUAGGAUGUAGAAGUGUGAAAAAAGAGAAUGUGUGUAACGUAAAUUUUAAAAGAGCUUAAUAAAGAUCUCUUAAGUGUUGAAAGGUUUUUGUGCCAGCAUCUUUGGCAGCAUAGAAAUAAGUGUUGGUAAAGUCUCUUUACUAAUGUAUAUCACAUGUACAUAUGAAGUAGCUGCCAAACCUUAUAUUCCAAGAAAUUACAAGACAUGAUAAAAUGCUCAGCACUGAGUAUACUGCCAGUUGAUGCAACAUCACAUAGAAACACAAAUUCAUAUCGAAGAUGUUUCUUCUAAUUUCAUACUAGUCGAGUACAACAUUUUCAACAGCCCCAGGGACCACAAGCAAAUCGCCUUUUCUUUGUGGUUAGUUGUCAGGCUGAAUGUUGAAGAAUUGCAAUCAUGCAUGGCGUAACAAGAUGCUGAUGCAGGACAUAGAUACAAGUGCACCCCAGAAUUUAUACCAAAGUUUUGGAAAUAUGCUGUGCACCCACCUAGUAUGAGUAGGGAAAUAGCCAUAAGAAUGUAUUAACUAAGUGAGAUGGAAAACAUAAUGGAUAGAGAGACACAGAUCUGGAUGUUCUGCUCAAAAAAAUUAUCAUUAAGUUAAAAUGAAAUCAGAGACCUGACAAAGAGAUUUGAACAAAGACAGGGACCAGGCAAAACUCGCCACAAUACAGGGUUCCAGUUCAAACACAUCUGAAGUAUCAGGACAAAACCAUGGUCUUCAUUUUGCUACACCAGUCAUAUUUGUUAGUCCUUAUCUAUUACGCUCCUGUGAACAACUGUGAGAUGGCUCGGAUGGAAGCAGUUGUGGUGACAAGACUGCAGUUUCUGGCCCUUGAAUAGUAGCAAGAGUUAAGAUGAAUUUUGUGUACAGCCUAUGUAUCUUUUGUACUUAAACAGCAAUGAGUGUGUAUGUACUGCUAUGUGAGUUUUAUAACUACUUUAAUGUCCUAUUAAUCACUUGGUUGUCGUGUAUUUGAAUUUUAUGUAUAGAGGUCCUUAAUCUGAGUGUACAUUUUUUCUUCGACAACUGAGAGGUCACUGAUUAAACAAUAUUAUUUUUUGCUUUAGAGUAGAUUGGUAGUUAUCAGUAUGCUGCUGAGCACAAUAUUACAGGUUACUUUAUGAAAGUUCAUAUUUAUUAGCAAUGUAUACUGAUUGAGCUCGACAGAAAUUGCAUACUAUUUACUGUGUGUGUUAUGUCAAUAAUGAAAUUUCUCCUAUUGUGAAUGUUACUAGUCAGGUUCCAUUUAAUUGACAAAGGGAAAUUGUUCAGCAUAUGUGACCAUGUCAAGAGUUGCAUGAUCAUAUAGCAUCAUAUUUAUAUGAUAUGGAUGUAGAUAUUUGAAUAUUUGUAUUGAAAAUAGUCUUGGCAAUUAUCCAGAUAACAUGAUGUCACAUGCUGAAUCUCUAAGCUUCUUGCCAGGAAUCAGUUGGUACAAAACAAAUAUCUAUGCUAAUGAAAAUGCUGUUUUAUCCCAUUAUUAACUAACAUUAAAGAAAUGCUAUAUAUCAAUGACAGGAAGGAAAUGCAGCUUUAUGGUUUAUACUCUAUAAUUAUUGUAAAUGUUGAUGUGGCCACAUAUUGUUGACUGUAAGCUUUGCAUUUCUAUUGGAUGCAGCCAUUGCUUUACCUACACAAGGUGAAAACUUUGAGAGAAAGUAAUAUAUAAUCUAGACAGGAAUUUGAUCAGAAUUCUGCCCUAAAAGUCCUUGACAACGUUUUACUGCUCCAAGAACUUCGCUUAGUUUCAAACUUCUGUAAUGACUAAAAUUGAAAAGUGAGGUGAUGCCAGCAUAUACAGGUGUAAAUACAUUCAUUAGAGGACAUUAAAUGGGUUCUUACGUAAACACAUUUCAAAAGAUUUUCAUUUGUGAUGAUUUUCAUGGUUUUCUUUCUCCACUUACUAAUGGUGAAAGUACUGAAUAAAUGUCAAAGUGAAUAAUGUCGGUGAAAGUAUGAAUUGCUAUUUCUCAGUGUAGAGUUGGUAAGCCUCACCUUUAAUUCAACAAAAUUGAAAGACCUACUCUUAGUUUAAAGAAGUGCUUUAAUGUCAUGUCAUGUAUGGGUGUGUUUUAGAAGGAAAUUUUUUCAUCAAAGGGAAGAGGGAAGGAGAGAAUGACCAGCUGAUGUAGGAAACUUCCACAGCAGGCAUUGGUUUCUUCUUCGUCUACUUCUUGUGAAUAAUUUCCCUUCCAAGCAGCCCACGAAUGAAACAGAGUGAGAAAAUAGCGUUGUCAUCCAAAGCAAGUGCAUUGUAUUUUUAUAUCAUUGUAAUUUAUGAUGGUAUGUUGGAUUGUAAAUACGAGAAUGUUGGCAGGGUCGCCAUGACCAUAUGUGUCAGUAAACAUAAGCUAUUGGAUUCAUAGAAUAUGGAGUUUAUCAGUGGUCCAUUCAAAGAAUGUGACAGUAACUUGCAUCAUGUACAGAUAAAGAAGUCAUUUUCAUCCCUGAGAUAUAUAAUCAUUUAUAUGUUAGUGAGAGCUGCAUAUCAUCCACUUGACCAAACCUUUUUUGAACUUAUAGUGAUAGAAAAGUUGUAAACACUGUAGUUGCAUUACAAUUUAAAUGUUGCUGUACAUUCUCUGAACUGAAACCACUGAUGAAUAACCAUUUGCAGAAAAAGUUGGAAAGGCAAUUACUAAAAAAAAAAAAUUAACCAUGAUACAGAGUUCAAAGAAAUAGCUGUUUAUAAUGAGUACAGUCUUGUAUUUUGCCAUAGACAAAAUUUGUGAGAAACAUAAUUUGCUUAAAGUGUAGUGCUUGGAAUAUGUCUGUGUACAAGCAAAACAAAAAAACAAAACAAAACAAAAAAAGAGCAGCUGUAAAAAGACUGUUUGGAGUUAAUAUCACAUACUACAAAAUAUAGUAGAUCCUUUAUCAUAGCAUUUUUUGAGGAAAAGAAAGAGGAAGUGAUUAUUAUUUUUGCACAAACCAUUGUUUUUUUUAUCCAGACAUUUUGGAUUCAGUGUUUCACAAAAGUUCAGAAUCAAGAAAUGUAAUUAUAUUUUGUGAAAUAUCCAUACAAAAUUGACGUGUCCUAAAUGUAGUUAGGUAUUGUUUCUUUUGUGCAUAUUAUGGGAUAACCAACUGAUUACCUAACAGCUAGUUCCUCAUAUCCAAAAUGUAAUGGAAAUAUCCACCUUACGUAAAUUCACUUAAUAAGUUUCCGUGUCUGAAGACCUUCAGUAUUCAGAGUCUUUAGUAAUGUACACUGAGCUCCGAUAAACAAUAGGAAAUUUGUUUAUAUUGGCAUCGUGAUCAAUGCCACGUGGAUAAUUUUUUGUUUGUUUCACUUCCACUUAAAAAGAAGUAAACACUAAAUAUUGUAAAGCACUAAUCUAAUCUGCCAAGGAUGUAAUUUGUUAUCAAAUGAUACUAUUUGAUAUACUAAAAGCUGUACUUGUUUGUUCUGUUUCACACAUGAAAUCAUAGGUCAUUGGCAUGCCAACUGUUUGACAUUCCAGUUUGUUUCAUAUUCAGAAACAAUAAAAUAUUAGAAGAA